CGUACAUAGGUGAACAUCUGGAGCGCGUUCUAUCGUCAUCGACAUUCGUCGUCGUCGUUGUCGUCGUUGCCGUCGCUGACUCCGGUGACCGUUUUUUACGUCUACGUUUACGUUUUGCCUUCAUACUUGUAUUGCGUGUGCAUCUCUCCAAAAAUCUAUGACUACGACUACGUCUACGUCUGCAACUGUAUUUGUAGCUUGAGCUAGCUGUCUGUGUGGCGAUAAGCGUUGCAAUUGUUAUGGUUAUGUUUAUGUCGGUAUUGUUGUUGUCGUUCUUGUUGUUGUCGCCGUCGUCGUUGUCGUCGUUGACGUCGUUGUUGUCGUCUGUCGCUGCUGUUGCUGCUGCUGCUACGCUCAAUAAUCCCAAUGUUGAUUCUGGUUUCUCGCUCGGUCGGUGAUUGUGAACAGCGUCAGCGUCAACGUGAACGUGAACUGAGCUCGUGUUUAGAAUUUUGUUUACGCGUGUUUCCCAACGGUCAAAUUGUCACAUAGUAGCACAACCCCAACUUGCCACCUCAACUCGACUCGACACGAUUCGACUCGAUAUCAAUUCGAAUUCGAAUUCAAUUUCAAUUUGAAUUCAAUUCCGAUUCGUUAUUAUUAACUUUUGAGAGGUGUGCUACUCCUCUGAACGGACUGACAGCUCCUACUGCAUAGCCAUAAAUAAUUAAUUAACAAAACAAAAAGUUUCAAUACAACUUCAAAACAAAGUGCGAGCUUGAUUAACUUUGCCAAAUGGCUGCUUACACACAAUUCGGAUACGGCGGUUUCCCGUCGGCAUCGCAGCUGCUGCCGCCGAAUGCGUCGCAGACACCUGAGGAAGUGAAUGCAUCUUCAUUGGUGAUGACAAACGUGCCCGCCUUGAGCCCUACGGGUGGUGCCGACUGCCAGACGAGCCAACAGCAGCCUGGGGGAGGAGGGAGCGCGGGAUCAGCGGGUGCUGCCGCAGCGCCUGGAGAUGCCUCCACAGGCGCCUUGAGUCCCGACGCCCUUUCGCAGAACUCGAAUGCUGGACCAGGCUCUGUGGUGGCUGGAGGAGAUGCGCUGCCCGGUGGUGGAGGCGGUGGACCUGGCUCCCUGGACAGCAACGCUGUGGGCACGACGCCUACAACGGGCAGCUCCUGCUGCGAGAACGGACGUCCCAUCAUGACCGAUCCGGUGUCGGGGCAAACGGUCUGCUCCUGUCAAUACGAUACGGCGCGUCUUGCGCUCUCCAGCUACUCGAGGCUGCCGGCGGCCAGCGUUGGGGUCUAUGGCUCGCCAUAUCCAUCGACGGAUCAGAAUCCAUACCAGAGCAUUGGCGUGGACAGCUCUGCCUUCUAUUCGCCGCUGAGCAAUCCGUAUGGCUUGAAGGAUUCGGCGGCUGGCACUGAGAUGGGCGCUUGGACUUCGGCGGGAUUGCAGCCCACAACUGGCUACUAUUCAUACGAUCCGAUGUCCGCAUAUGGCUAUGGUGCCAGCUAUGACUUGGCUGCUCGUCGCAAAAAUGCAACGCGUGAAUCGACAGCAACUCUCAAAGCGUGGCUCAAUGAGCACAAGAAGAAUCCCUAUCCCACCAAAGGUGAGAAAAUCAUGCUGGCCAUCAUCACAAAGAUGACAUUGACCCAGGUCUCAACUUGGUUCGCAAAUGCGCGACGGCGCUUGAAGAAGGAGAACAAAAUGACGUGGGAGCCAAAGAAUCGCACAGAUGACGAUGAUGAUGCCUUGGUGUCGGACGAUGAGAAAGAGAAGGAUGAUCUGGAGUCGAGCAAGGAUGGCAGUUUGGCUAAAGAUGUGGUCAAGGAUGAGGAGGAGCUCAUCGAUGAGGACCAAAAGAACGUGGGCCAAGCGAAUAUAUUGCGUGCUGGCUUCGGUUAUCCAUCGGCAGGUUAUCACGGUGGUGCGGGCAGCGGUCAUCCGGCGGCUUACCAUCCCUACCAUCAUCAUCAUCAUCCGCAUCCCGCAUAUUAUCAGCCGCAACAGGCUGUGAUGCCAGCUGCCUUCCAUGGCGGGGAAAUGGGUGGGAAGCAUGGUAAUGGCAGUGGAAGUGGCAGCGCCAGCGGAAGUGGAAGUGGGAGCAACAAUGAGCAUAGCGAUCCAAAAAACCAGCUAGGCCGGGACUGUGGUGUGCCGAUUCCAGCUACGAAGCCCAAAAUCUGGAGCUUGGCCGACACAGUUGCCUGCAAGACGCCACCGCCAGCCUGCAUGGGCCAAGGGCAAUUGAUGCCAUCGCAUCAGCAGCAGCAGCAACAGUUGCUGAUGCAACAGCAGCAGCAGCGGGCACAUCUGCAGCCACAGUCCCAACAGGAGAACCACAGCAUGCACCAUCAGCAGCAGCAGCAGCAGCAACCACAACAGGACCAACAGCAGCAACCGUUGUUCAAUGGAGCUCCUUACGUGAGGGCGCAUACCACAGCUUACGGGGGUUUUCUAGGGGCUACGACACAGCAGCUCCAUACUACGAGCACAGCAGCAGCAGCAUCCAAUCAACAACAUCAGCAACAACAACACCAGCAGCAGCAGCAACAGCAGCAACAGUUCAACGGCACGCAUACGCCUACCAUGCCUAUUACGGCAGCAAACCCGGCAAAUCCCCUGGGGGGCUUGGGCUUGGGCCUGGGUUUGGUGCAGCGUCAGCAGCAGCAGCUACAGCAGCAGCAGCAGCUGUCUCAAUCAACAGCGAGUCAACAGCGGGCGAUGGCGAUGGGGUUUCCCGAAGCCCAACCCGAUACUCCACCCCAAACUCCGCCGAAUAUGAAGGUCUUGAACGGAGCUUUGAGUCUGCUGCCUACCGCUUCUCAAAUCCCUAUGACCGCUACCUGUCGCAGCAGUAAUCAAUAUCAAACACCCGGCUGCAAUUAUCCAAUGAAUUUCUCCACUCGCCUCAGUGAAUACGAUUAUCCGUCGCAUAUGAAUCGCGAUGAUUACAGCAGCUCCAGCAGCAGCAGCUCUUCAUCACCGCAUCUGCAACAGCGCAAUGAGCAUCACUUUAAGCCACUCUUCAAGAGGUAA